AUGGUGUCAACAUUGGAAAGCAUAUCACUAGCAUCAAGAGCGGACUCCACAGCCACGAGUUAUCAUAACGCAUUCAGUAGAUGGGCAAAAUUCGCCAAAAGAUGCGGUUUCCAGGUAUUUCCUGCCAAUCUUUCCCACGCGUCAUUAUGUCUAACUAGUCUGAUUGAGGGCGCAAUUCAUAGCCAGAAGACGAAACAGUGCGUGGAAUCGGCAUGCUAUAGCAUUCAGUGGAUGCACACUUUGGCCGGUUUGCCGUCACCUACUCAACAUCCUUUUAUCAAGAACAUUGUGGAAUCCUCCAGACGGUUACUUGGCAAACCACCAAUCAAGAAAGAGCCCGUUACAACAAGUAUUUUGUGCAGUCUGGUUGAACUCUUAAAGCAUUCAGGUUCUUUAAAAGAUAUCUGA